AUGUCUCGCUCUGUCAACGGAUCGAGGCCACAACUCUUUCUUACUUUCAAACCGACUCCCUUCCAAGCACGCUCACCGCCACUCACAGCGCCAUGGACGACAACCUCCUCGCUACCCCCGCUCCAACGCCGACUUUCUCGCCCAGGCAGAUUGCUGCCUUCUACUUCAAGCCCUGCCUGGACGAGGAGGGAGAGGCAACGGGCUAUUACGCCUGUGUCCAAACACCUGCAGAGUGACGGGUUGACGCUACUGGACGCACGUGUCCUUUUCGACGAGCUCAUUAAGAGCCAUCCGUCGUUCACGAAGUAUCUCGCCGCUGAUGCAGAUAUUGUCCACUCCACCGUGUUCGAGCAAGCGGUCGUCAAGGUGCUGGAUGACCAGGCCAGCCUGCUGACCGAUGGCGAAGUCUCUGCGCUGGACCCCUUCAAGCGCACGCAGGCCGCUGGGGGAGGAACAGAGCGCGCACCGGCGGACAAGGAAGGCUUUGCUGUGCGUACUCUUAAGCGGCGCAAGACAGCUGACGCACCGGCCACCUACGUGCUUCUGGAGGCGAUUCCGCCAACGUCCAACAUCGUCGAGAGGCUCUUCAGCGUGGCGCGCGCUGUACUGCGCCAUGAGCGUCACCGCAUCUCUCCCAUGAUGCUGGAGAUGAUUCUGUUCCUGAAGAUCAACAGCUCUAGAUGGGAUGUAGCGACGGUGGAGCAGUGCCUGUAA